AUGUGGCCUGCUCUUCUGUCACUCGUUGCCCUCUCGCCACUGAUAUCUGCUCAUGGCCCACAUAUAGCCCAACAUAUUGCCAGAGCCAACCCGGCAGCAAGCUCUCCAACUACCGCACAUAGCUCAUUGGCUACAAGCUCGACAAACACGACGACGACCGCAAACACAACCUCUGUGACGCUUACGUUUUCUCUGAUAUCCACGAAUCCCACCGCUGUUCCUCUCUCAGAUAUCGUUUCGAGCGCGUCCACCCAACCGACCCAGGCGCUCACUACCACUUGGCAGCCGGGGAGCGUACCAACCUUCAUCCCCGGUGCUCCCGCCUUGCCAAAUGCUCUUGCCCUCAACCCAGCAAACUAUCCGGCUCUCGACAAGACCCCUCCGACUGAUUCCCCCGAAGUCCUCCAGUGGAUCCAGGAGGUUGCAAACACUGGAAUACCCAUUCCGGAUAUUCCGGUCACCAAUCCCGGAGGCUGCGGCAACAACACUGCUGCUGUUGCCAAUGCCACUGAGCGAUGUUGGUGGACCUGUGGUGGAUGCACGCGUCCGACCGACAUUACUACUUGUCCGAAGAAGGAUACAUGGGGCUUGACAUACGAUGACGGUCCCGGCUUAUACACUCCAGACCUGUUGACCUACUUCCAGCAGCAUAGCCUCCACUCAACCUUCUUUGUUGUCGGAUCCCGUUGUAUAUCAAGGCCGGCGAUGCUCCAGGACGAGUACAUGGCUGGUCACCAGAUUGCAGCUCACACCUGGAGCCAUCCGUAUAUGACGACAAGAACCAACGAGGAAGUCAUCGCCGAGCUCGGUUGGUCCAAGAAGAUCAUCAAGGAUGCCCUUGGUGUGACACCUUUGCACUGGCGCCCUCCAUUCGGCGAUAUCGACGACCGUGUUCGUGCUAUCGCUACGGCGAUGAACCUAGAGACGGUCAUCUGGACUCGGAUAAGUCCCACGCAGACCUUUGACACAGGCGAUUAUACGCUUGCUGCUGGUGGGGUCACCGCACAGCAGGUCCUCAACAACUGGGAAUCCAUCAUGGGCAACUCCAGUAAGAUUAGUACUGGCUUCAUUGCCCUUGAGCACGAUCUCUGGCAGCAGACUGUGGACAUCGCAGUUGGUUAUAUCCUUCCCGAAGCCCUUGCGCACAGCCCCUCAUUCAACAUCACCCCCGUCAUCGAGUGCUUGAACAUGCCUUUGGCGAACGCUUACGUUGAGACGAACGACAACAGUACCAACCCUCCUCCAGCGGAUGCUCCCAUUUCUCAUGUCAAGCGUCCGCAGUCGUGGCCCAAGCUAGUGUCUCCGUAUCCGGAUCAUCGGGCGCCGUGCAACCCACCGGUGGAUCAGGCAGCGGAGCACCAACGAGCGGCGCUCUCAACGUUGCUGUCGUACAUACUGGGCUAA